AUGAGUGUUUACCCCAAGUUAUUGGUGGUGAAUCCCAAUAGUAGUACGGAAAUGACAGCGGAUAUUGAGGUAAACAUUUCUAGGUAUUUUAAGUUAAAGAAGCAACCAGAAUUUCUUAACUAUAUUUCAUUUUAUACAGGAUCAUCAGAAGCACCAAAACAAAUAUCUGGUAACGAAACAAGUCUACUAAGUUUAAAUACAUGCUUACCUGAACUGACUGACCCUAAUGGAAAAUAUUACUACAAUAAUUUCGAUGGUGUCUUAAUUGCUUGUUUUUCGGAUCAUCCACUAGUCAAUGCCUUAGCAAUGGAAGCUAAAGAGGCAAAUAAUGAUACUGUUAUAGUUGGAUUACUAAACACAAGUAUCAGUUACUGUUCGUUGUUUCAGACUAAGACGUUUUCAGUAUUAACAUCAAAUAACGAAUGGAAGACUAUCCUGGAUGAAUCAAUCGAGGGAAAGUACCUAACAAAUGCAUCCAAACCAUUGUGGAAAGGGACAGUUCCAACGAACCUAGAUGUUCUUGAUUUACAUGAUCAAAAUAAUUAUAAAGCAAUUGCCGAUAUUAUUCGUUCAAAGAAUCUAGGUGAAUUGAAGUCUAAUCUCAUCAUUCUCGGAUGUGCAGGAUUUUCUUCUAUUCACACCAAGUUACAACAAACAUUUAAGGAUGACCUGACAGUAGAAUUCAUAGAACCUGUCACUAUCGGUAUCGAGACAUUGGUCUACCUCUGUAACGGAUUUUUGUAA